CAAAACAUAGCCCAGACAAUAUUUCUAUAAUCUACGACUAUGGAAGACCCGAAUAGACCCGUCACAGGCUACCCCGCCUCGGCCCAUAAUUCGUAUCCCAACGGUUACGCCAUCGGCGCCAAUCCACCUCCGUCCGGCACCGGUUACCCUUACGCAGCCCCUCCUCCAACUACCGGCCACUACAGUUACCAGAAUAACCCUUACAACCAGCAGAAUUACAACCAGGACCCGUACUCCGCCCGCCGCGCCACCUGUAUCCGCCGCAUCUUCGCCUUUGUUAUUGGGCUUAUUAUUAUAUUGGGUACCAUCACUUUUAUUGUCUGGCUUGUCCUCCGACCCCAGCUCCCCGAGUUCCGAGUUGACUCGUUUUCCGUUUCUAAUUUCACCGUCGGUAAUAAUUCUCUAGUCUCGUUCACUUCGGAGGUUCAGAUCACUGCCCGGAACCCGAAUAAGAAAAUGAAACUUGGUUACGAUCAUAUUAUGGCAAAGGUUUUUUACAAAUCAGAGUCUCUUGCUGAUACUUCCAUUCCUCCGUUUUACCAAGAUACCAAAAAUGAAACUUCCAUAACGGCGAACUUCGCAGCAGCUGGGAGUUAUGUGGAUAAGAGGGUAGUUGAUGGGAUAAAUUGGGAUAGGAGCAAGAAUGGGAAUGUGGGAUUCAAUUUGAGGAUGAUUUCUAGGGUUAAGUUCGAGGCAAAGGCGUGGAGGACGAGAAGAAGGUUUUUGAAGGUGUUUUGUGGGGAUCUGGUUGUUGGGAUUACAAGCAAUGCGAGAUCCGGUAUGUUAACCGGUGGGCCAAAGCAGUGCCGUGCUGGGAUCUGAGGUGAACUAAUGAAUUUUUAUUUUUUUUUUUUUUUUUUUUGGUUAAAUUAUUAGGUAAUCUUUGUUGGGUGUUUUAAAUUUGUUGAGCAUGGAUGAAUGUAAUUUUGCAAUGGAUAUAGGAUAAUAUCUGUGAUGUACAGUUAAAUUUCUUGCCUUUUCUUUUAAAUUUUGAUUAUGGCUGGUUUAUUUGUUGUUCAAUAUGAUAUUUGGUUCACAUU